AUGGCGGAGCUCAGCGAGCUUCCGGAGUCCCUUCAGGAGGAGCUGGAGAUUCUGCGGGCCAUCUAUGGAGAGGAGACGGUGAGGCUGCUGAAAGACAGGAGGAUCCAGGAGGAUGGAGAGGAGCCCGUCUGCUGCUUGGAAGUCGACCUCGAGCCGAUGAGCGAGGAAGGCUUCCAGUUGGUCUGGGUCACGCUGCUGGUGACGGUUCCGAAAGGAUACCCGCUCACGGCCACGCCGAAGAUUGAGGUGGGUCGCCCUGAGCCGUGA